GCAUUCGAUAAUUAAUCAAGUUACUUAGUUGUACAAUGGGACGUACGGGUAGAUUAGUCGUUACCCGCGGGAGUGUGGAGCAAUUGUCGAUGACGAGAGACGACAAAGAGAGACCGCGUGAGAUCGAGAUGGGCAAGCCGAGCCAUACGGAACAGUUGACCAGGUGGAUCACUAACGUGCGUCAGAAGAAGCUGAAAUGCCACAGGAGUCCGAAACGUGACUUCCGUGUGGAGGCUGUGCUGACGCACGCCCUGCACAAGGCGGAAUGUGAGCUACGAGUUAAACAACUGUCGAGAAUAUCCCGCUGGCGGCGAUUGAGGAAGGACCUCCUCAAAGGUGUGGAAUAUGGGAGUUGCGGUGUGUAUAAUGCGACCGAACGGGAGUAUGAGAGAUGCGAUCAGCGUCCUGUCUCGAACGAUCUUUGGCGAGAAAAUAUGUGUGAGGAUCUUAGCAGUCUGAUGGAUUUCCUGCGGCAGCUUAGCGGAAUUAAAACGACCUUGCAGCGGUGACUAGACUUGGAAAGCAUAUGCUUUGGCUUAUACACAUGGUUAUUGGAUCGUGCGAGGAAGUCUCUGUGUAACAAACAGCUGGAUUAUAUCUCUGAACCAGGAAAGCCAUUUAUAUUGCGCAUAAAUUAGUAAUUUCUAUCGGUGCAUCUAGUAAUUUCUAUCGGUGCAUCUAGUAGAUUUGAAUCGAUUGUAGCGCAUUCUACAAUGAGCAUAUGUUUAACAAGCAAUCCAUGGAUCGAUGUCUCUCUUCGCUGGUUGUUUCUUCUUGAUCGAGCAGAGCAGCAGAUUUUGGCUCACUAGCCACAAACAAUUUGGGCAAAUCUCUUUUCAACAGAAAUCUAUCUUGAUAUCGGCAAUGUCUUCGGCAUCUCCAGAAGUUUGACCAAAUAGCCUGCAAUGUCACGGCAAUCUUUCCAGCUUUAUCGUCGCCCUGGUAUAUAUCUGGAUAUUUUUUAAUUGCAGUCUCACCGUUUGAAAUGGCAACGGACACGAGUGGGAAGAAAGGAGUAGAAAGAAAGAGAGGGAGAGAGAGAUAGAGAGAGAGGGAGAGAGAGAGCGAAAGAGUAGCUGUAAUGCAGAUGCAAGCGAUGUCUCAGGAUUAUGCGCGCGCAUAUACAGUGGCUCUCCUGCUUGUCGCCGAUUUGAUGCUGUUUAGGAUCAAAGUAAUAAAACAAAGGAUCUCAUUUACUGUAAGUUGUAAGUCAUUGUGAUACUUUUUGUAUUAAGUCUAUUUGUAAAUAAUAGAAAACUGUGAUACAGAUUAAAUAAGAAGAUGAAGCGAAGAGUAUUGACAACAAUGUAAGAUAAAUAAAUACAUUUUACAAAUAACAAUGUAAAAUAAUUCUUUUUCAACUUCUCUAUUUACCAAAUUAAGUAUUAAUACAUCAAUCCUUUUCAGUAUGGCACAAUAGACGUCAUAGAAAAUACACAUCUUAUUGCGAACAGAGGGCUAUCGACUGUCAACAAGGACGACGUCGGUGUCGAUGUCGGCGUCGUCAUCGGCUUAGAAAACUUGUACCUAUAAGAUUCCAAUGAACGAAAAAGAGAAAACUAGAGGGGAGUAUAUUUGCGUUUUGAUGGAGAGGGAGGGAAAAAAUCUUUGUUUCUAGAGACUGGUCGAAUCGGAGUUACCCUCGGAACGAAUUAUCCUCUGCACGAAUCAUCGUAAUAAUGAACUCUGCGUGAUAACUACAAUGAUGAGAAAUGGCUUUCAUGCGGUGAGCUUCCAUUCCCCCGAAUCGGUUGGUUUCCCAGGUCCAGAACAGAUCCAUUCAUCUCAUUGAAUAAUAUAAGGUCUUCAGAUGUGGAAACACGAUCCCGUACAGGUUACAAGUAUAUUCCAAGUAAGGUAACUCGCUCAUUCAAGCAUGUGAAUAAAUCUGUUUAAGAGUUACCGAAAGUUUCUCCUGUUUAAUAUUUGAUGAAAAAAAUGUCACAUUUGUUUGGCGUUGCCAUAAUAAUGUGUCCAUAGAUUUGCGCAAUUUUCGGCCAUGCCAUUUUUGGCCAUACUCGAACCGUGAUCGGGAUAGAAUGUUAAUGCGUGUGUUUUAGACAUUCAGAGAGCGGGAAUUACUGGAAACAGCGAGCGAAGGAUGCGAAAGAGUGUUGAUUAAGAGAGAGUAUAUGCGCAAGGAUACAUUGUGUAUGAGAAAUCAUAAAAGUAUUAGGCUUGAUUCGGUGAUGUUCAUUUUAAUUCAAAUAGAAUUUUAUCUUUAUUCAUUUGAUCAAAAUAGACAAUAAUAUGUUUUUCAAUAAACUCAAUAUCGAAUUAAUGUCAUAAUGUUAUAAAAUUAAUGUUAUAAAAAAAUCUGAAGAUUCGAGAAUUCUGCAGUUCGAGAUAUCCCCUAAACAUAGGAAUCUUAAUCUAUUCUUUUUAUCCAAAAACUUCUAAAAUCGGAGUAUAGGACAUUCGAAAAGAAUUUUAGGCAUUUUUAUCACCGGAUUUCAAUCUUAGCCUACUGCUCUAAGGAUUUAAAUUCAGAUAUAAACAAUAUAUAAAGAGAGACAAAGUCAUGAUUAAAUAAAGUGAGAGCAAGAAAACAGAUACUAUUACAGACAUACAACUCGAAUAGCAAGAGUAGUAUAAAUAUCGAUUGGUAACGCUUUGUGUUAACUCUAUUCUGGAUAAAUAUAAUAUGUAUGUAUUUGGAUUUAUAUGGAUACACUCUAGAAAAAUUUAGUUGCUAACUAGAUAUGCUUGUUGAUACUAACUAGACGUUGAUUUCAAUUUGAUAAUACAGGCAUUUGUUUGGUAAGAAUUAAUAUAUAUUUAACUUUAGAAAAAUGCAAUUUUCUAUUGAAAUUUCUUUUAUAAAGUUGAAGGGAGAAAUAUGUCGAAAAAUAUUGGAGAGCCGAAGGAAGGAGGGGGUUAGAAAUAAGAUCUUUUUGAUUAACAGAAAACUGUAUGCAUUUGGAAAAACUCGGCCCAUUCGACCAAUGAAUAAUGAAGAUGAUAGUUUAAAUAAUAUAAGAUUGUACGUGGCGGUCCCGUAUAAAAUGGAUUUUGUUGGAGGAUAAAAUGCAGUCUGUCGAGCGUGAUCAUCGUGGAGAUUCUAGACGGUUUGAAAGAAAGAACGAGAGUAAAAUUUGCUAAUAUAACUAUAGCUAUUGUUCCUUAUUACGAUUGUAAUAUCUAUUGUUUUGCAUUUCGUUAUAUAUUGCAUUUUGUUUUGCUCGGUUUUCUUUGUGUUUUACACAGCAGGCGGCAGAACGAAAGCAUCUAAAUCUUUCACAGAUUAAAAAGAACAACCCUGACAUAUUCACUAUUUGCACAUUCGGCAACCUAAGAUGCUCUGCGAUCAUCAGGAAAUAAUGCUGGGAUCGUGUGUCGUGUACGAAUGAUAAAGGUAACGAAAGAAAAAGGUCUUUGAUGAUCCUUGAUCUUUGUACCUUGCGCGCAUGCAAAUGUGAGAGGGGAUUGGGGUGGGACAAAACAAUGUUUUUAUGAGUCAUAGGAAAUCACUACUUCACUCGAUGAUAAUGAAAGGAAAUAUGCUUGGAAGAUGUUUCGAGAUGGUGAUAAGAAGCUUUCCACAAGAUUGCUAGGGAUAAUCGUGUCUCAUGCUUUGAAUGUACCAGGCUAGUUGAAAGAGAUGUAUAUUCACUGGAAUCUAUAAAAUUUUUUCGAAACUUCUACAAAGAUGCGCUGAGCCCACAGAUCUACAAGUUUCAAAAUCUUGGAACGAAUCAAGUUUAAGGAUAUAGAAUUUAAACCAAUAAUCCACGCAAGUAGUUAAGGAUAUGAAAGUUUAAUAAUUCAAGACUUUAAGAAUUUGAAGCACAUUUGGAAUUUUUAAGGACAUCUGGGAAUCCGAAGACAGUUUUGGACUAUUUUUUUCAAAUCAUUUUAUUUUCAUUGUUACUUUAAAAUGGAAUUAUCGUAAUGUGAUUUGAAUACACAUUCUUAAAAAUUUUUUUAUUUGUAGAAGAGAUUGAAGAUAUAUUAUUUUCACACACAUCACACACAUAUACACGUAGAAUAAAAAAAAAUCUAUUCAAGUAAUAAAUACUGAAUCUUUUAAUCUAAAGGAAAGUAUAACAUGAAAAAAAGAUUUAUUUUUUGAAGGUAUUGAUUUUAAAUCUCGAAAGAUGAAAAAGAGAGGGAGAGAGAAAGAGUCACAGAAUGAGUAAGACAAUUCAAUCGUUUAAGGCAAUAAUAUGUACAUAAUGUGACGACGUAUACUAUGGUUCUUUAAGGAAACAGAGAUAUACGAAAAUUUAUAUAUUAGUUGGAAAGAAAAUGAUAAAAGCGUUGAAGUUCAGCUUGGCGAAAAAUUUAGCAAGUUAUGUUGCAAAAAAUUUUAUUCCAUCUUCAAUGAAGAUUUGAUCUCUUCAAGAUAUAUAUUUAAGUUUACAACAAAAAAGGCGAAUUUUUAUAAAAAUUGUGAAAACACUAUUUUUUCGAAGAGGAUGCAAAUUACAAAGUUUGAUCCAUAUUAAUUAUAUGGAUUUGUGUAAACUGUAUAGCCUUUGAGUGAUGGGUUUUAAUACAAGUAAUUGAGAAGAGGAAAAUGAGAUGACAGUGAUAACAAUUAAGAGAGAGAAAGAAAGAACAUGUUAAUAACAAUACAAUAAUUUAUUAAGAAAAAUAUGUGGAAUUCAGCAAUAGAGAGAGGCACAAACGUAGUCGAUCAAUUAUCUAUCAUCGGAAUUCGAUGUUGUCUCCGAUCAUACGAGCGUACAAGUUUGGUCUAGGAUUUCUUUGUCAUUGGCUGCUUUUGAAAUCUUGAAAGGUUUUUCUUUUCCUGGAAACAUGUCUUUUGUGAUAUAUGCCAUUCAUCAUCCGCUAGAUCAGUGAUAUUCUUUAUUAACUAAAACCUCGUCGAAAAAAGGAAUUACUUUGGGUCUUCAACGCAAUUGUCACAGGAUUUGCAAUGAAUUGGAUUUUUUCAAGAGCAUUGAUAUAAGAUAUGCAAAGUUUCAGAGAAAUAACAUCUUUUUUUAAAAAUAAUUUAUUUUUCUAAACACUAUAUUUGCCCGCGCGCAUAUGAAGAACUAUGGAAGAAAAAAUUGUAGACGAGAUGAAAAAAUUUAAAAAAUAUUGGGGGACUUUUCACACAAUUUUACACUUUUUGCACAAUGGAAUUAUUAUUGCGAAUCUUUGUCACAGAAGAGAACAUCGCGAUUUCGUUGCAGAAAAUAAUUAUGAGAGAUUUCAUCGGAAAAAAAAUUUUACGGAUUUACGUAGCACAAAAAAUAAAAAACUUCACACAAAAAGAUCCAUUGUGCGACUCGUUACAGGAAAGAAUCGUUGCUGGAUUUUAUUGCAAAAAAAAA